AUGACAACUCAAAUAGAUUCACCAAAUGAAUCUGGGGUUAAUAACCAACUACACAAUUAUCAAUCUCCAACCAAUAUUACACAACCAUCAACCAAGAAUGAAACAAAAGAACUAAAAAGUUGGUUAUCGAAAUCAAAUUGUCAACAUUUAUUACAAAAAUUCAUAGAUCAUGGAAUAACAUUAGAUUUAAUAUCAGAAUUAGAUUCAUAUAGUUUAAAAGAAAUUGGAAUUUUAAAAGUUGGAGAUAGACUUAGGUUAGAAAUUGCAAUAAAUAAUUUAAAAAAUGAAAAAUUGAAAAAUUUAAUUGAUAUUGAAACAUUAUAUAAAAAACUUGAAUUAGAAUUUACACCAAAUGAACCUUUCAAUAAUCAAAAUCCAAGUUUAAACAAUUUAUUAAAUCCAAGUGAAGCUUCUUUAUUGACUCAAAUAAAUAAUGGAAGUAACGUUAAUUUAAGACAGCUGCAAUUACAAGAUCAAUCACAACAACUGUUACAAUUACCACAACAAAACGCGUCUUCAUCAACUACAAAAAGUUCUAGUAAAAAUAUAUCAUUUAUUUUACAAGAUGGUAGUAUAAAAAGAGUAAAUGUAACUGGAUGUUUUAAUGCACAAGCAAUAAAAAGAAAAAUUCUUAAAAAAUUAGGUUUUAAACCUCAAGAAUCUACACAAUUUGAUACAUAUAUUCAUUCAACGAAUAUAAAUGAUUAUAGAAAUUUAAUGGAUAAUUUUGAACCACAAGUUAUAAUGCUUUAUGAUGUUGAAUUAGUUACAAUAUGUUAUUCACCAGAAAGAUUAGAAAAACAUAGAAUUAUGUUAGUACCAAAAAAUGAAAAUCCUACAGAAUCAGCAAUUGAAACUUCAAAAUUAGUUAUGCAUAAAUAUAAUAAAACUUUAAAAGCACAAAUUAAAAAUGAAUUAAAUUUUCCAGAUAGAUCAACAACAACAAAUCACAAUCAUGCUGAUGAUAUUAAAAUGAGUAAAAAAGAUAAUCAAUUUUCAAGAUCUACAAUGAGAAAUUUUUUUGGUCAAAGACCGCCAAGUGAAUUAAUUUCAUCAAAUCUUGCUGAAUAUUUUCCAGAAACUAAACAGAAGGAUCUUGAACAAACUGUAAGAAAUUCAGUUCGAUUUAGUGUUAGAUUAAGUAAGAGGAUGAAUUUUCCAACUAGUGGUGGAUUUUCAUCAAGUUCAAUUGCACUUCAUAAUAAUCAUAAUAUGAGAUCAUCAAUAAUGAGUAAUAAUGCCACUGGAUUACCUUAUCAAAGAGCAAUGUCUAUAUCAUCUAAUGAAUAUGGAGUUGGUGGUGGUUUAAGAAAAAGUAAUAGAACAAUUGGUGAAGUAAUGAUGAAUAAUAUUACAUCAAUUGAUGAAGCAGUUACUAAUAAUGAUACAUCAAGUAAGUUUAGUAAACCAUCACUAAUUAAUCAAGAAAUUCAAGAAAAUCAAGAAAGUCCAAAAUUUAACCAUGGUAAAUUUCCUAAUAAUACUGACGUGAGAUCUAUAAUUAGUUCACGAAGUAUAAGUGAAGGAAAAGCAUUACAUCGAAUUUCAAUAGUUGCAAGUCAUGAUCCAAAUGAUGAAGCAUCUAAUGACAGAUUGUCAAAAAUAGAAUUAUUAAAUCCAAGUGAUAGUGAAGAAAAUGAUGAUGAAGAAAAUUAUGAUGAUUAUAUAGAUAAUUGGGGAGAUGAUAAUAGUUUUGAAAAUAAUGAAUGUAAUGUACCUGAUAACUGGUUAAAAGGUUCUAAAAUUGGAUCAGGAAGUUUUGGUACUGUUUAUUUAGGUAUGAAUCCUUUUACUGGUGAAUUAAUGGCUGUUAAACAAAUACCUUUAAAUAAUAAUAAUAUACAACUGCAAAUUCAACAAUCACAACAACAGCAACAAGCACAGGAUCAAGCACAGACCGAACAACAACAACAACAAAAACCACAAGAAUUAAAUUUACCAACACCAACAUCAGUUAAAGAUAACAAUGAAGAUCAACCACCUGAAUUACCACAAAAAUCUCCAUUAAAAUCACAACCAUUUUUUGAUUUAUUAGAAGAUCAAAAAAGAGAAAUGAUGUUAUUAAAAGAAUUAAGUCAUGAAAAUAUUGUAAGAUAUUUUGGUAGUUCAACUGAUGAAAAUUAUUUAAAUAUUUUUUUAGAAUAUGUUCCUGGAGGUUCAGUUCAAACAAUGUUAAAUUCUUAUGGACCAUUUGAAGAACCAUUAAUUAGAAAUUUUAUAAGACAAGUUUUAAUUGGUUUAAAUUAUUUACAUAAUGAAGAUAUAAUUCAUAGAGAUAUUAAGGGAGCAAAUAUAUUAAUUGAUAUAAAGGGAACAGUUAAAAUUGGAGAUUUUGGAAUUUCAAAAAAAGUAAGUACAAUAGAUGAAGAAGAUGAUAAUUUUAAAAAAACUGGUAAAAGAGUUGGAUUACAAGGGUCAGUAUUUUGGAUGGCUCCAGAAGUUGUUAAAAAAUUAAUUUAUACAAAAAAGGCAGAUAUUUGGUCAGUUGGUGCAUUAAUUAUUGAAAUGUUUACUGGUAGACAUCCAUUUCCUGAAUUAAGUCAAAUGCAAGCAUUAUUUAAAAUUGGUAACCACAUACAUCCAAAAAUUCCUGAAUGGUGUACAAUAGAUGCAAAAAAUUUUUUAAAUAAAACUUUUGAAUUAAAUUUUGAAAAAAGACCAAAUGCUUUUGAUUUAUUAUCUGAUGAAUUUUUAAAUACUUUAAUUGCAUCAAAACAAUAA